AUGGAACCCAGCAGGGAACAUUAUUACGAUAUCAGUAAAAGGUAUCUGACAUUAGUCGGUCAGUGGCCUUAUCAAAAACCGAAAGAGAGUUUGUUUUUCUUCAUCCUUAUUCUUAUUUUUGAUGUCAGUAUUCUCGUUACACAGAUUAAAGAUCUUACAGAUCGCUUAUCUAUAGAUUGGGAUAUGCUCGAAACUAAAACAGAACGCGAUAUUAUGAGAAGAUAUGCCGAAAAUGGCAGAUGGUACGUGUUGAUAUACAGCUCAUAUGUUUACAUAUCUACCAUUUCAUUUACAACAACCUCUCUCAUGCCACGCAUCUUGGAUGUCGUAAUUCCCUUGAAUAUUUCUCGGCCUGUAAUGCUGCCAUAUCCAGCGUACUAUUUCGUUGACGAAAAUCGAUAUUUUCACUACAUUUUUCUCCAUAUGAUGAUUUGCUCUACUAUAUGUUUAACUGGCUUAAUCGCACACGAUUGCAUGUUUUUUACUUACAUCGAACACAUUUGCGGUCUUUUCGCCAUCGUUAGAUUUGCUAAACUUCUCGAAGAUACUUUUUCGAUAUCGUUUGCUGUGCAAAUCCUGUUAGUUACGGUCUGCUUGAGCAUUACCUUGGUACAAGUGGCCAAAUUUAUUCAAUGCGGUGGAAAUACUCGAUGUAUUCUAUUAACAAUACCAGCGCUUAUGUUGAUGAUUAUGAUUCUGGUGAAACUGUAUACGUGCUAUUUUAACAGAAGCAAAAUAAAAAUUCUCACUGAUCAUCUGAUUAGCGAUUGGGAAAAGUUGAAAGGCGCGGAGGAGUACGAAAUUAUGAAAACUUAUGCCGCGAACGCGAGAUUGCUUUCUUUGGCAUGUUGCUACGAUGUAUACGAUCGGAAGAUCGCAGAUUCUGUAGACGCACACCGGCGAGCUUUAUGGUUCGCGAAGCUCCUUGAAAAUACCUUCUACGUUGCCUUCGGCAUACAAAUAAUGAUAAUUACCGUUAUGAUGAGCAUUUCCUUGCUACAAGUACAUAGAUCGUGUCACAUUAUCACUCGCAUUUGCAUGCUUAAUACCAGAAGAGAUUAAAAUAUUGUAUUUAUCGCCUUCAAGAUUGCGAUGCAAAUAGAAGAAAUUGCGGAAACGAUGAGGUACACGGUAUUUAUCAUUAGUCAACUGAUUCACUUGUUCUGCUAUUGUCUGCAAGGCCAGAAAUUGAUAGAUCACAGCUUACAAAUGCGCAACAAGAUAUAUAAUUCUUCCUGGUACAAUAUACCCGCAAAAUCGCAAAGAUUGCUUCUGUACGUGAUGCAAAGGAGCAUACAACCGAAUUUUUUGAGUGCCGGCAAAAUUUAUGUCUUUUCUCUGAAGAGCUUCACUACGAUAGCAAAAUUUGUCGUAUGCGAUAACGCGCAGUGUAUUUAUCAAACUUUACCACCACAUAUGCUGACGGUGAUGAUUCUGGUGAAAAUUUUCACAUAUCAAUUUAACAGCCGAAAAAUUAAAGAUCUCACAGAUCGCUUAUUCGUAGACUGGGAUAUGCUCGAAACUGUGGAAGAACACAACAUUAUGAGAAAGUAUGCUCGAAACGGCAGAUGGUACGCGCUCAUAUACGGCUUGUAUGUUUAUGUGUCUACCAUUUCAUUUACGACAACCUCUCUCGUGCCACGCAUUUUGGAUAUUGUAUUUCCAUUGAAUACUUCUCGUCCUGUAAUGUUAGCAUAUCCGGCAUAUUAUUUCGUUGACGAAAAUCAGUAUUUCUACUAUAUUUUUCUCCAUAUGUUACUUACCAGCAGCGUGUGUAUGACCGGAUUGAUCGCGCAUGACAGCAUGUUUUUUAUUUACGUCGAACACAUCUGCGGCCUUUUUGCCGUCGUUGGGUUUGCAAAACUUCUCGAAGAUACCUUUUCGAUAUCGUUCGCUGUACAACUCUUGAUGGUUACAAUUGGCUUGAGUAUUACCUUAGUACAAAUUAAAGAUCUCACAGAUCGCUUAUUCGUAAACUGGGAUAUACUCGAAACUAAGGAAGAAUACGACAUUAUGAGAAAGUAUGCCGAGAAAGGCAGAUGGUAUGCGCUGAUAUACGGUUGUAAAUUUGCUCAAUUUCUUGAACAUAUCUUUACGAUAUCGUUGGCUAUGCAACUUCUGAUAGUUACAAUUGGCUUGAGUAUUACUUUGGUACAAUUCUCGAUACAGCUGCACGAUUUACCGGAAGCGAUGAGAUACUUCAUUUUCAUUUCUGCUCAAUUAUUUCACUUGUUUUGCUUCAGCUUCCAAGGACAAAAAGUGAUAGAUUAUAGUCUCGAAAUUCGCGACAAGAUAUAUCAUAGUUCGUGGUAUAUUAUACCCGUGAAGGAACAAAAACUGCUCAUGUUCGUGAUGAGAAAAAGUAUCGAGGCUAGUGUCUUGUCCGCCGGCAAGAUAUACAUAUUUUCUCUAGAAAAUUUCACGACGAUCGUGCAAAGCUCGAUGUCGUACUUCACGUUACUGUCGUCCUUUGACGUGUCAUGA